AUGCCUAUCGAACCUAUCACCAUUCCCACUAGUGGACUCCAACUUCGUAUUUCAAACCUCACCGGAGAAGUUAAACCAUUGAUGUCAUAUAAUAAUAUUGCUCAGAGACUUCUUUUGAAUGACAAACCUUUACCGCCGCUAUCAAAUUCUCCAGUAACAACAGUUCUGGGGCUUUCAUCAAGUAUUCCUUCAGAAAUUUCUAGAAAUACAUUGGAAUCACCACCACAUAUUCCAAUGAUUGGUUCGCCAAUCAGUAAUUUUGCAUCCAAUAUGCCAGAAUCCACAUCCAUUCCACAUACCUCUGUAUUUUUGAACGCAUUGCAAACACCAAAAAGCGCUAUAUCAACACCUUCAUCAAUUGCAACUUCUCCCGCUCAAACACCAAAUGCAGUAAAUCCAUUUAAAUUAGAUACUUCAUUAUCUCCAAAUAGUUAUAGUAACAAAUUAACUUCAGUGCCCUCUUAUGAAUUAUUAUCGCAAACAAAUUUUAUAUCUGCAACUCCAACAAAGGCAGAUGUUCCAAAAAAUGAAAUAUUCCUUGACAACUUGAGUGUUUUUGGUAACAAUGUUGUGCCACUUAAAAGAAGUCCCUUUAAUGAUAUAUCAAGUGAUACAGACGUUGUUAACGAUUUAUCUAAUGUCAACUAUCCUUCUAUAAAUCCUGUAUUAAAUUUUGGAAAAUCUGAUGUUAGUUUUUGUAAUAAGAAUAAUAAUAAUAAUCUUUUCGUAAAUACUAAUGGUAAUAUUGAUAAUACCAUUUAUACUAAUCCAAGACAGCAAAUACCUAACAAUAGUAAUAUAGCUAGAAAUCAUAUAACAAUACAAGAUGAUAAUUUACAAUCACUUAAUGCUGCUCAAAACUCAGUAGAUUUAUCAUUACAAAAUAAUAUCAAUAAUCUAUGUUCCACACAAAAUAUUUUCGAUAGAAAUAAAUUCACUUCUUUAUCAUCACUGCCUCCUCGUUGCAAUAAACUCAAUUUAAAUAAUAAUAUAAUAAAUAGAAACUCAGUAAUUUCUCUAGAAGAUUCAAAUAUAGUAAAACCUGAUAUACAAUAUUCAAGUGCAGGUGUGCCAUCUUUACAAAUUCUAAGACAGGAUAUGCCACUAUCCAACAAUUUUGAACCUAAUAAUUUAGAAUUAUAUGCAAAUACUUCUCCUAAGACUCUCAAGAAUAAACUUAAACCAUCAAUAAAUCCUCAUAUUAUUUCUAGUCAAAUGCCACCACUACAAAAGCAGCCUUGUGUAACAGAUUUUACAGUCCUAAAUUCUUUACAUAACUUACAACCACAACCUAUAAAUUUUCCACAAAUAUCAACAGAUAAAAAUAAAAUUUUUAACGAAGACAUUUAUUUAGGAACUUCUAUGAUAAAUAAGGAGGCAAAUAAUGCUCAAGAUAUAAUUUCUUCUUCACUAACAGUAACAAAUUCAGAUCAUAGGUAUGAACCUAUAAAUAAAGCAGGAAUAGUUAGUACUAAUUUAAAUCUAAAUAAUGAAGCAAAUAAUUUAAUUGGAUUAACCAAUACUAUGUUAUCAGAUCAUGGAGUCGAAAACUAUAAACAAGAAGCAAACAAAUUUACAGAAGUUUCUUAUUUACCUAAAGUUAAUGCUCCGAUUCACAUAUCGUAUCCGUAUUCCAUUUUAUCGUACCAAAAUGUAUCUCCAAUGAAUUCACUCAUUCCUCCUUCACUGACUGAAUUAGCCAAUGAUAUUACAAAGCAAAUAUUACUAUCGUCUCUAACAGAAAAAAGUUUUAAAGAAAAAACAGCUCCUCCCACUAUAUUAGGAAUAAGCGAUCCUGUGCAUUAUACCAAAUGUAAUACAGUAACGUCACUUCCCACAGUAUCUCCACAGUCAGUAUCUUCAAUUAAUAUAACACCAGAAUCUACCAAUCCUACUUCUACUUUAUUAGAAAGCACUAAGGUCGCAAAUUACUCGUACAUACCUUAUUUAGCAUCAUUAACUGUUAAUCUUGUACCUGAGAAUUCGUCUCCAGAAUUUGCUGUACCGACAUACUGCCCUUCUGUUAUGUACUCACCGUCAUAUCUUCCAAUCCCUAACAUUAAUGCGCCAUUUUAUCCCCCAGUGCCGCCAGUGAUAGAGACUCCAGUUUUUAAAAUAGACAAUAAAGAUUCGUUAAAUCUAAAAAAAGUAUUCGAACUAAUAGUUUUAAAUGGAAUAUUACGUGAUAAUAAAUGUAAUGCAUUGAAGGCACGGGAUGCAAUUUUAGCUUUAAUGUGCACUGCAUGA